AUGGAUCAAGACGUAGCGGCAUCCCUGCGCCUCAGCAUAUCCGAUAUGCUGCCGAACACAAAGAAGAGUGACGAAGUGAUAGCAGCCGAGCUAGCUGAGCUAUUAGGCUACGAGCACCUGGAGCUGGUGGGAGAGCUUGUUGGACAAAGGCACAGCAUCGGACACAGCCUCGAGGGCACGGGGAUCUCAAACAGGCCCAACUCCCAUACACCUGCUGUUCAAGGAGCCUCGGCUCAUGAUGACCAAUUACAACAUCUUCAACAGCCCAGUCACCAUUCUUCUCUCGCUGCCAUGAAGCCCACAGCCAAGCCUUACACACCGGGGUCUCAGCUCACAGUCCAUUCGGCUCAAGAGCUAGCAGAACAGAAGGCCUUGCGAGCAGCCAGUCGAAGAUCUCACAAGGCCAAAGGGGCCGGUCCGGGCCCUUCUGCCGAUGGACACCUCACCUUCGAAGAGAUGGAACAGCUGCGAGAGCAGCAGCUUGCAGAGAACGCCAGCCGGCCUCUUUUCACGUCCGAUGCGACGACAUCAGAUCAGCCCAAGUACCCUCACGUCUUCGCCUCCGGAGCUUCUGGUAACACCUUGUCCAUCUUUGGCUCGAAGUUUGCCCUGCCACUGGGCACAACCCGUGCAGAGCACAAGGAGUACGAAGAAGUGACAAUACCACCGCCCCGAGCCAUACCGAUGAGAUUCAACGAGCGACUCAUCCCAAUCGCAGAGAUGGACACAAUGUGCAGAGGCGCCUUCCCAGGGUACAAGUCCCUCAAUCGCCUUCAGUCGGUAGUCUAUCCACUCGGCUACGGUUCGAAUGAGAACAUGCUAGUCUGUGCUCCCACGGGAGCUGGUAAGACGGACGUGGCCAUGCUGGCGGUAUUGCGCGCCAUCUCGCAGUAUACCGAGAACCUACAUGCACAGGGUGGAAGAGGCUACGGCAUCAAGCUCAAUGACUUCAAGAUCAUCUACGUAGCGCCAAUGAAGGCGCUUGCCGCUGAGAUUGUCAGAAAAUUCAGCAAGAGGUUGGCCUACCUGGGUGUUAAGGUCAGAGAAUUGACUGGUGACAUGCAGAUGACAAGGCAGGAAAUCAACGAUACGCAGAUGAUUGUCACAACGCCAGAGAAGUGGGACGUGGUCACAAGAAAGCCCACAGGUGAGGGCGAGCUAGCUAGCAAGGUGAAGCUGCUUAUCAUCGAUGAAGUUCAUCUGCUUCAUGAAGACCGAGGUGCAGUCAUUGAGACGAUCGUUGCACGAACUCUGCGUCUUGUAGAGUCCAGUCAAUCCCUCAUCCGUAUCGUGGGACUCUCAGCUACACUGCCGAAUUACGUCGAUGUGGCGGACUUUCUGCGCGUCAAUCGCUAUCAGGGCCUCUUUUACUUCGACUCGUCUUUCCGACCUGUCCCUCUUGAACAGCACUUCCUCGGUGUCAAGGGCAAAGCAGGAUCGCCACAAUCCCGAACGAAUCUAGACAAAGCCAUGUUUCUCAAAGUGGAGCAGCUGAUCUCCGACGGCCAUCAGGUCAUGGUAUUUGUACAUGCUCGCAAAGAGACAGUCAAGACUGCUACAACAAUCAGAGAGAUGUGUAGAGCCGAAGGAUCGGAAGACUUGCUUCUUGCAGGCAGAGAAGACAAGGACGGCGUCGUCAAUGGGUUCAAGAGGGACCUGGCGAGCUCAAGAAACAAGGAGCUCAAAGAGCUCUUUGAGAGUGGUCUAGGGAUUCAUCAUGCAGGCAUGCUGCGCAGCGAUCGCGCUUUGAGCGAGAGGAUGUUUGAGACCGGCGUGACAAAGGUUCUCUGCUGUACAUCCACGCUGGCGUGGGGAGUCAAUUUGCCCGCUUUCGCGGUCCUGAUCAAAGGCACAGAUGUGUACGACUCCAGUCUGGGAAAAUUCGUGGACCUAUCUAUCCUCGAUGUACUACAAAUCUUUGGUCGAGCGGGAAGACCACAAUACGAGGAUCUAGGUGUCGGCUACAUCUGCACACCUCAGGAGAAGCUGAAUCACUACAUCGAUGCCAUCACUAGCCAACAUCCCAUCGAAAGCAAGUUCGACAAGGGCUUGGUCGACUCACUGAAUGCCGAAUGUGCCCUCGGGACUGUCCAGAGCGUCCAAGAUGGUAUCUCUUGGCUGAGUUACACAUACCUCUUCACACGCAUGCGACGCAACCCCAUGGCAUACGGUAUGUCGCACGAUGAGCUAGUCGACGAUCCUCACCUUGGUGCAAAGCGACUCGCGCUGAUCACCGGAGCCGCCAAGCGUCUGGUGAGCUGCAAGAUGAUGGAAUUCAAUGAAAGCGCUGGCAAGCUGUCGGUCACAGAUUUGGGACGCAUCGCCGCGCGAUACUACAUUCCGUGGAAGACGAUUGAAAUAUUUAACGAGAAGCUGCGGCCCAAGAUGACAGAGGCAGAUGUUCUCAGCGUCCUGUCUCUGGCCACCGACUUUGAGCAGAUCAUCCCUCGCGAUGCUGAAGAGAAGGAGCUCAAGAAGAUGCUUGAGAACGCCCCUUGCGAAGUUCCUGGAGGCCUUGAGACCUCAGCAGGCAAGGUCAACAUCCUGCUGCAGGCUUACAUCUCCAGAGUAUUUGUGGAUGACUUUGCGCUCGCAUCAGACUCUGCUUACGUUGCACACAACACUGGCCGAAUCAUUCGAGCGCUCUUUGAGAUUGCGCUGUCCAACAAAUGGUCUUCGACGACCUCGGCUCUCAUCAACAUGAGCAAAGCUGUGGAGAGGCGGAUGUGGCCAUUCGACCACUCGCUUGCACAGUCGAACCUCACACCGGACACCAUGUUCAACUUGCAGCGCUGGGCUGAUGAUGUCGAAAUUUCAGACCUUGCGCAAAUGUCGGCUACUGACAUCGGGCAGCUGAUACACCUCAACGAUCGCAUCGGAGCAGCAGUCCGGACCGCUGCAACCCAAUUCCCUCGUCUUUCUCUUGCGUGUCACCUCAAGCCGAUCACCAAUGACACCGUCCGCAUCGAAGUGCGGGUGGAUCGAGAUUUUGACUGGAAUGACAGGACUCAUGGUGGAGCGCAAGCUUUCUAUGUCUGGGUCGAAGAAGAAAAUGGGGUGGAGAUUCAGCAGUGGAACAGGGUCCUCAUGCGGGCCAACUUGAAGAGCACAGUCAUCUCAUUCAACAUGGCCAUACCUCAUCCCAUGCCAUCAGGUAUCAGUCUUCGCUGGAUCUCGGACAGCUGGUUAGGGUCUGAAGACAUUGUGUGGGUGUCUUUCGAGGACGGUCUUAUCAUGCCACAAGCUCCCACGCCGCAUUUGCCGCUUCUUGAGCUUCCGCUCCUUCCGGUUGAUACAGCGCUACAAUCACUCUCCUCUGAAUCUCGUCAAGGAUACCGCAACCAUUUCCAAGCCUUCAACGCACUACAGAGUCAAGUCUUCCACACAGCCAUGCACACAAGCUCAGAUAUGCUCUUGGCGGCGCCCGUAGGCUCAGGCCGCUCUACCAUUGCUCACAUGGCGCUGGCAAGAGCUUUGAAGGCACCGGACGGCUCAAGGCUACUUGUGAUUGUUCCCCACCCACGCCUCCUUCUGCAAGAGGCCGAGAAGUUCUCUCGCCUGUUACCAAUGGUGCGACAUCGGAUUGUCAGCUCGCCGGGGGAGCUUGCAAUGGAAGAUCGAUCGCUUAGAGAGGAGGUGAUCUUUGCUCUCCCAUCUCAGGUCUUACAAUUUGCCACGAGGCACAAGGGCACACUAGUCAGCAGCCGUCUGUCGAGGUUUGCCCUCGUUGUUGCGGAAGAUUUACAUCUGAUGGACCCGAUCUAUGAGCUAGCUCUGAGCCGCAUACGACAGGUGUCUGCAUUGGUCGGGAAGCCGCGGCUGGUGGCUACCAGUGCAAGUCUUCAUGACGCUUCGAGUGUCGCGGAUUGGCUGGGUAUCAAGGAGCUGGCAUGCUACUCAUUCGAUCCGAAAGAUCGUCCGGUCCCGCUCAGAAUCACUUUGCAGGCCUUUGAUCUCCCGCACAGCUAUGCUCUCCUCAAGACCAUGGUCAAGCCAGCGUAUGACCGAGCACGUGCUAGCAUUGGAGAAGGCAAAUCUCCCUCAGCUCCUGGAUCGUGCCUGAUCUUCGUCCCUUCCGCAAGCCAAUGCCUGUCCACUGCCUUGGACUUGGUCACACGGUCUGCUUCGGAUCUUGAACGGCCCAAUGGCACCGCUUUCUUGGGCUGCACCCAAGAAGAGAUUGAGCCGUAUCUCAUGCAGCUCUCAGAUGCGAGAUUGCACGAGGUUGUGCUGCAUGGGAUCGGAUUGUAUCACGAUGGCCUGAAUCAUAGGGACCGUAGCUUGAUGCUGGACCUGUACAAGAAUGGUACUAUUCAGGUGUUGGUAGCUCCCAGAGAAGCAUGCUGGUCGCUACCUGUGCGCGCAGGUCUGGUGAUCAUCAUGAGCGCCCAGUAUGUGAGGCUAGUCGGAGGCAGCGGCGAAGGUCAGGAGUCGGUCAGCGAGCGACGCACGACCAACUAUCCGGCUACUGAUGUGCUGAGGAUGGCGAGCCUGGCUUCACGUCAGAGUCAGGGUCUCAGUGGCGAGUGUUUCAUCCUCUGUCAAACGAGUCAGAUAGACGAGAUCAAUCAGUCGGUCGUCAAUCAGGGUCUUCCACUGGAGUCAGCGCUGGCGGAAGGCGCUACAGACGGAUCAGGCGAAGGGGCGGCGACUAUGCUUCUUGCGACUGUGCUCCUUCGUGAGGUCCAGAAUGGGAGAAUGAACGACCGCCAGGAUUUUGUCGAUUCUUUGAGCUGGUCGUUCCUGUUUCGAAGGUUGCAAGUGAACCCCUGCUACUACGGAGCAAAGGGGACAAGCGUCCAAGAUGCCAGCGGCUCCCUUUCCCAGCUAGUCGAUGGCAUUGUCACGGUGCUAUGCAAGGCAACCUUGCUCGCUGCUGAACCAGAUUCGCUAGACAGAACGGGUGCCUUCCGUCUCACCACGCUUGGCGAACUCUUUGUCAAAAAAGACGAUGCCAGUAUCGUCUCUCUGCUCGACCUUUACAGGGCGGCCAGUCUGCAUCCGACUCUGGCAGCUGCGGUCUGCUCACCCGAAGUAAAGGCACCAAGCGGAAGAGAUGUGCUCGGACAGCAGCAGCUGGUUGCGCUGCGCGAUCGCAUCCCCGGCGAGUGGCUAGCGGCGUUCGGGGUUGCGAGGGCGGAUAGGAAGGAGAAGAAGGCGCGAGAGGCAGCAAGGGAGCAGGGCCAGCAGAUGUUGGGCUCAACGCCGACGGCUGGAGAUUCAGGAGAACCGAAGGAUAGUCUUCAAGAGAGCGGUGAGGCUCCACUGCCUCACUCUGCCUUGCUCCUCUGUGCCUACUUUGCCUCGACUGCCGUGGGUGGAAGGGAAGCGGAAGAAGAGCAGGCGCAACUAGUGCGCAGGGUGGUGGAGAGGCGUAGCAAAGGUGGUAGUGGACGGAGGUGA